CAACAACAAAAAAGAAAAGAAAACAAAGAACAACAUCAAUUCAUCUAUUUUCUCUUCAUUCACAACAGAAAAUAAGAUAUACAGUUCUAAUUUCGGAAUUAGAUUUUUUUGUUUUUCAGGUUGUUCCGAUUUAAAUAUUAGCUUCCCGUAUGAAUUUUUCAAAAGAAAAAGUGGUAACUAAUAUUUCUUAUAUUAAUAAUUAAACUAGAUAAUUCCCGUAGAUUUGUAAUCUUUAUCAACAAAAUAAAGACUACAUUAUUAAAAACAAACAUAAAUAUAGAAAAAAUCAAGACAUUGUAAUAUUAUAUAUUAAGCCCUAACCAAGUUAAUAUUGUCGUAGUGUUAAAUUUCCAACAUGGCAACUUCUCAAUGCACUUCUUGUGGCCGCAUUCUCCAGCAUUGCCAGUGUCACCGGCAAGCAUCCACCACCGUAUCCAGCAGCGCAAAUAAUACGGCCGGCGAACUUACUCCAGCUUGUUGUUGUAGUUGCUACACCGGGUUGACUAUUCUUUUCUACCUUCUCUUUCUAAUGUUUUCAGGAAAACAAUUUAUGGGCAAAGCUGGUUGUUACUUGGAGCUAUUUGCCAGUUCCGUCACCGUCUCAAACGCAAACACAAACACCUCAACCGCUGAUUGGAGAGUCGGUUUGGUUGCUAAGAGUCCGGUCACCCGCUGCAAAAUAUCUUUACAUACAAGCAAGUCUCGUCUCCUUCGUGGAGAUCACGAGGUUGUCUCCGGGUCAGCUCCGUGGCUGGAUGGCUUUGGACAGUUUUUUACCUCAGACAAUACGUAUGAACCGGCCACAAGCGUCGAUUUCAAAGGGGUUGAAAUGCCGGGAGUUGUAGGAGACCUGGUUAGGGGUUAUAAGGUGGAGAUUGCCAUCGCAGUGAAGGCAGAUGGUGAACAUGUUUUCUUGAUUGUGUUGUGCGGAGAUUUACCGGUGAAAUUGACGGCUGAUCCGAAGGGGAAUGUGAUUGGAUCGUUGCUAGGAAAUAUGAAACGGUGUGAGUAUGUAGUCGGCGAUAACUUGAAUAUUCAUGUUUAAUUAGAUCUUAAACUCUUUAUCCUCCGCGAUCAUGAAUCUUUGAUAUUUAUCUACAAGUUAAUGGCUUUAUGGUUUUUAUAUAUAUUUUUUAAUUUGUGUUUUAGUCGUAGCUUAUAAUGUUUUCAUUAAAAUGCAGACCCAUAGUUCGACAAAAAAAAAUACUAGGUUUAAAGAUGAUGAUUAUACCUGUUUGGUAUUGUGAGAGCUUCUCUUGUUUGGUUUUGGGCAACAAGUCGUUGUGACCUGUAGCAAUCACUAGAUAAUCUAAAAUAUGUUGUGAAAGCUUAAUUCUAUUCAUUCCAUCGAAUGUGUAUAUAUACAACAUAUGAGAUCGUAGGUUAACUAGAUAAUGAUACUAUAGAGAUAAGUCUAAGUCAACCUAGAAAUAGGAAAACACUUCAUGUUUAUCUCUUUACUCCCCCUCAAGUUGGCAAUGAGAUAUCCCGAAUUCCCAACUUGAACAACAGAUACUGAAAUGUCGGUAUCAGGAGAGCCGUAGUCAGCAGAUCGGCCGGCUGUUCCUUCGUAGAGAUGUGAGCAAGCUGGAGAAACUUAUCCUUCACGGCAUCACGAGUAGUAUGGCAGUCAUUUUCGACGUGUUUUGUGCAUUCAUGAAACACCGGAUUAGUAGCAAUAUGAAUGGCAGAUUUACUGUCACAAUGGAGCUCAAUAGGUUGAUGGUGGGAGAAGCCAAGCAUGAGGAGAAGACGUUUAAGCCAUUUAAGUUCGCAUGUAGUGUCAGCCAUGACACGGUAUUCAGCUUCAGCUGAAGAUCUAGAGACAGUCGGUUGCUUUUUCGUUUUCCAGGAGACAAGAGUAUCACCAAGAAAGACUACAUAUGCACUGAGAGAUCAUCGUGAAGAGGGACAAGAAGACCAGUCCGCAUUGCAGUAUGCAGUGAUUUCCAUGUUGCAAUCAGCCCGCAACAUAAUACCUUGAUCUGGAGAUCCUUUGAGAUAGCGCACAACACGAAGAGCCGCUUGCCAGUGCUCUUCAAGAGGCUUUUGCAUGAACUGAGAAAGAAUAUGAAUGAUGUAGUUGAGGUCAGGGCGCGUAAACGUCAAGUAGAUGAGACGCCCAACCAAGCGCCGGUACUUGUGUGGGUCCGAGAGAAGAGUAUGCGAGUUCGUAUCAUCAGCCAUAACGAGCUUAUGAUUGAGUUCCGUCGGGGUAGGAGAAGGCUUGUAGCCUAGUAACCCACAUUCAGCAACAAUAUCCAGAGUAUACUUGCGUUGAGAGACAAAAAUACCUUCAGGGCCGCGAACAACUUCCAAGCCAAGGAAAUACUUCAACUUGCCCAAAUCUUUCAUCUUAAAGCAUGUAUUGAGAUAGGUUUUAAACCGUUGAAUAAUGACGAUAUCAUUACCAGCAAUGAUGAAGUCAUCAACAUAGACCAAGAUAUGCAGACAUAUAUUCUUAGUAUUAUUGACAUAGGAGAAGAGCGAG